GACUCCCUUACAGUUGCUGCACACUUCAGCGCGCGCGUUUCAGAGACCGGAUUUUUGGUGGUUUUGCGCGUGACUGUUGCUUCACCCCGCAGACAUGAUUAAGAAAAUGUGUCCUUCAGAGAACGAGUUUGACAUCCCGCCAAAGAACUGCUACAGGAUGGUGAUUCUGGGUUCGACUAAAGUGGGCAAGUCUGCCAUCGUGUCCCGGUUCCUGAGCGGCAGGUUUGAGGAGCAGUACACACCGACCAUAGAGGACUUCCACAGAAAACUCUACAGCAUCAGAGGAGAUGUUUACCAGCUGGACAUUCUGGACACCUCGGGAAAUCAUCCGUUCCCUGCUAUGAGAAGACUUUCUAUACUCACAGGUGAUGUCUUCGUCCUGGUCUUCAGCCUCGACAACCGCGAAUCGUUUCACGAAGUGCAGCGGCUGAAGCUGCAGAUCUACGAGACCAAAUCGUGCUUGAAGAACAAGACUAAGGAGAACAUGUCCGUGCCGCUGGUGAUCUGCGGGAAUAAAGGCGAGCGCGAGCUCCAGCGCGAGGUGACGCGGGAGGAGAUCGAGCAGCUCGUGACCGGGGACGAGCAGUGCGCCUAUUUCGAGAUCUCCGCAAAACGCAAUACCAACGUGGACCUGAUGUUCCGCCGCCUCUUCUCCAUGGCCAACCUGCCGAACGAGAUGAGUCCUGACCUGCACCGCAAGGUUUCUGCGCAGUACUGCGACAUGUUGCACCGGAAAUCCUUCAGGACCAAGAAGCCCAAAGACUCUGACGCGUACGGAGUGGUGGCGCCUUUUGCGCGGCGCCCCAGUGUUCAUUCAGACCUCAUGUACAUCAAGGAAAAGGCGGUCGGUUCCGCCCAGAGCCGGGACCGGGACCGGUGUGUGAUCAGCUAAUGGACUCUCACAACUCUUCUGGGGUGAAACGCGUGAGAUGCGACUGGAAGGUCGGAGAGCAGAUGCACAAUGACCAAAUCCCAGGGUUCCUUCAAUCAGCCCGUGGGGGUGCAGGGUACCGGCUCGGCUAGGUCCACUUGGUCUCCAUUCGGCGGACUCGGUUUACUUUUCGUGCUUGUUCCGUCUGCCUUUUUUCAGAGGUUCUGGUGUGGAGAAGACGCAUGCGCAGAGCUGCAGUGUGGAAUCAUCUGUUUACAUCUUUUUUAUGGUUUUGUAAAAUAGCAAAUUUUGCUUUUUGAACAAAUUGGUGUAAAGUUUUAUUUAUUCUUUUUAUGUCUUUAGAUUCUGUAGAUGCUUUUAAACAAAAUAAAGAUAAUGAGAAAUUAAUCUUUUUUUUUAAUCCUUUAUGAGACUCUUCAGUUUGGUCUGCGUCUUUCUGGGGUUUUCUACUGGACACAUUUAGAAAACGUGUUAACUGACCUGCGUGUAGUUCACCUGCUGCGUGUGCGUGUGUAUAUUAGAAAUAAACCUGAAGUUUUAUCCACA